GAAGGCCCUGUUCGAGAAGCGGAAACGCAUCAGCGACUACGCGCUCGUCAUGGGCAUGUUCGGCAUUAUCGUGAUGGUCAUCGAGAAUGAACUGUCCAGCGCCGGAGUCUACACCAAGGCCUCGUUUUACUCGACAGCACUGAAAACCCUGAUCUCUGUGUCUACUGUGAUACUGAUUGGCCUCAUAUUUGCUUACCAUGCCUUAGAAGUUCAGUUGUUCAUGAUCGAUAACUGCGCGGACGAUUGGCGGAUCGCGAUGACCUGGCAGAGGAUCGCGCAGAUUUCACUCGAGUUGUUAAUCUGUGCGAUCCAUCCGAUCCCAAGGGAAGAUUAUUUCCUGUGGACGACCAAGCUGGCAAACAAGGGCGGUAACAUCGGUUCGACAUGGGUGCCAUACGACGUCAUCCUAUCGUUGCCGAUGUUCUUCAGACUCUACCUCAUCUGUCGCGUUAUGCUGCUGCACUCGAAGCUGUUCACGGACGCCUCGUCGCGCAGCAUAGGGGCCUUGAAUCGUAUUAACUUCAACACCAGAUUCGUCCUGAAGACCCUGAUGACCAUCUGCCCGGGAACCGUGUUGCUAGUCUUCAUGGUCUCCUUAUGGAUCAUCGCCUCGUGGACGUUACGCCAGUGCGAGAGGUUUCACGACGAGGAGCACGCGAAUCUCCUUAAUGCUAUGUGGCUCAUUGCUAUCACGUUUCUGAGCGUCGGUUUCGGUGACAUCGUGCCCAACACGUACUGCGGUCGAGGUAUAGCCGUUUCUACUGGAAUAAUGGGCGCCGGAUGUACGGCCUUGCUGGUGGCGGUUGUUUCCCGAAAGCUGGAGCUCACCAGGGCGGAGAAGCACGUUCAUAACUUUAUGAUGGAUACGCAAUUAACGAAAAGGUUGAAAAACGCCGCGGCGAACGUGUUGCGCGAGACGUGGCUAAUUUACAAGCACACUCGGUUGGUGAAGCGUGUCAAUCCGGGACGUGUUCGAACACAUCAGCGGAAAUUCCUGCUGGCUAUAUACGCACUCAGGAAAGUGAAAAUGGAUCAGCGAAAAUUAAUGGACAAUGCCAACACCAUCACGGAUAUGGCCAAGACGCAGAACACAGUGUACGAGAUAGUGUCACACAUGAGCACGCGUCAGGACGGACUUGAAGAACGUCUAGUGAACGUGACGGAUCAGUUGGUCGCCCUAGAAGAGAAACUGAGCAGUCUGCAGUCCCAGCUGGAUCUGCUGCCAGAGGAAUUGACCAGAUGCUUGGCUCAGCAUGCCGAGCGUAUAGAGCAGAGGCGAAACUUCCUUCACCCGGAUACCGCAGUCGCGAUGGCGUCGACUGGAGGCGGUGGUAGCGGUAUCCCAACCGGAAAUAGCUUAUCAAUGGGCGUCUCCGUGUCCGCUCAUCAUCCUCUGGCCAAUCUGUCAAACUCGCUGCCACACUCCAGGAGCGUCCCAAGCGCGCCCAGCACCACGUCCCUUCACCCUUGGCCGGCCAACUCGAUCCUACCGCCAGUUUCGAGUCGUACGCCUCACCUGGUGCCUGAAACCGGAAGGCAUCAUAGUCUGGCACAUUCCACGGUGGCCACGACCACGACCUCGCAGUCGGCCACCAGGUUCGCCUCGCAAUCUGGAAUGGGAGGACUGGGCAACAGUCAGGGGUCCGACACAUCCCCACACAGCUGAGUCUCGUCUUUGCAGCCGCAGCACUCGUAUUAAAAUAGGACAUGAACGUAUGAUUCCAUGUCCUGAACGACGCUCGCGUAUCAUUGAGUCCUUUCCCUGCGGACCGAUUCUCUAGUCUCGUUGUCUGUAAAUCUACGUCUGUUCUGUCUGUUUGCUAAACUCUUUCGAGGAUGGGAAGCUUCUCCAAGUCCAUCUUCGAGUGUACUGUGAAUUCGUUGACCAGUGUCCGCGAGCCUCACGAAUAGUGGUGUAGGGUCGUGUUUGAUUGAUGAAAGUUUAACAUCGGCUUGGCCGUGAGGCGAUAUCGAUCGUGUCGAUAUUAUAUGUAUAAAUGUUAUCUAGAAUGUAAUGUAUUUAAUUUAUUAAUUGGUAGGCAAUUACCAAAUCGGUUUGCGUAUAGCGAACGUUAUGUUUAAGAUAUUCCUUUCUUCAAAUUAAGUUUCGUGAUUUUUACGGCAUCCUUGAGAAUUCAGAAGUAUAUCGAUGCGAAGAAAUCCUGUGGGCAACCUAAAUAAGUGCUCCACUCCUUUGCAAACUACCUGAAGGAAUUGAUUUUAGAUAUACUUGGACGUCUCAGUAUCUGCAUCCGUCGUAGUGAAUUCAAACAUCCAUUUCUUUUAAUUUCGAGUCGAAUCGAUACACAAAGACAGUAUCGAAUUCGAUAUUUCUAACGAGCCAAAUAACGAAACUUCGCGACCAUCGCUGAAUAAACCGACUCGCCUACUUUUAUAGCCGCAGAUAAAACGAAAGUCUUGCAGUAGCAUCAACGACGGGUCCAAUCCUCUUCCCGAUUGACUGUGUUUUCUUACGUCAAAUGAUACCAAAAAAAAAAGAGAUACUAGAGAAGGAAACCGUGCACGUAGGCGAACAUACAACACACAACAUAUGUGUACAACAAGAGGGAAAAUCGAUCGAAAGUUUCGUGGUGGAGAUCCAAAGAGGCGUGCGUGGACGAAAGGGAGGGACUCACGGACGCGAGCGUCCACUUCCAAUUGCUGCGAGCUGCUCCCCUGCCCAACUUGCGUGCCUGAAAACUUUUUUCUUAAUGUUUAAAUAUAUAUUCGACACACACGAACUCCAUCUUAUCUCUGUAUACCUCGUGAAUAAAAAAAGAAGAAGGGAAAAAGGAGAAAGAGAAAGAAGAAGAAAAAGGAACGUGGACAGGCACAAGGUGUGUUUAACGUUUUACGUGUAAUGUGCGUGGAGAACGUCUCCCCUCGAUGAGGACAAGGGUGGCUCUUAAGCUGGACGAGCGCACAGCGAACGUCACAUGUUAGAAAGAAAAGUUUCAAACUCGUUUACUAGGGAAAUAUAUAUCGUUUUAAGGAAGGGAAUAUAUACGACAUUGUGUUCGUUUCGUGAAUUUUUGUUUCACUUGAGAUCGCGUGCAAGAAGGUGAAAAGAUAGCGUACAGUAUUUUACGAAUAUUUUAAACGAUAUACAAAUAAAUAGGUUUCCAAUUAACAGUUUCUUAGUCGUUUCGAUUCGAAAUAACGAAACGCCUGACACAUAUACUACUUGUCUGACUAUCUUCUCCUCUUUGCGAGCUGAUCCUUACGUUUUCUGUCAGUGGACGAAGAAAAUGGAAAACGUAGAAUUCUUCUUCGAGCUGUGAUUAACGUUACGUCGAAAGCUUAUUAAGUACAAUCACGUGGUGACGUAUCUUGCGUGAAUCAUAGCUUAUAUACAUAAAUACCAAACUUCGAAAUUGUAUUAUAUCUUCCGAGAGAAACAACUUGGAAGAAAUAUCUAAAAAAUUUAUAAUGAACCGAUUUAUUUAAAGAAGAAAAGAACAAACUAAAAUUUUGUUACGGUUGGCCAUUUACCCCCUCCAAUAUUUUUACCUCUUCCCAAUUUUAUGUUAUCGAUAAUGAGUAAAUUAUACCAUCUCGUGAUUGUACCUCCGUAAUAUACCUUCCAAAAGACAACCGAACACGAACAGAGGAAAAGAAAAUCGGGUCAAUCGAGUGAGCGGUGGUUAAUCGAGGACAAAGUAUAUUAUCAACGCACUUCCAUGUCGAAUCACGCUGGACGAGCUUGAAGGGCCACCGAAGAAGCCACGAAGCAAAUGUCCGAAGCUGAUGGAAGGAGAA